UAAACUAGAAAGUUUGUUCAUAUUUCACUGGUUUUUCCACUGAUGUUCUUUUUCUGUACCAAGAUCUAAUGCAGGAUUUCACUUGAUAGGAGUCAUUGUCUCCUUAAUCUGUGACAGUCGUCAGUCUUCCUGUCUUUUGUGACCUUGAGACUUCUGAAGGGUCCUGGUCAGUUAUUUUGUAGAAAUGUUCCUCCACGUGGGUUGUGUAAUGUUUUCCCACCAUGAUGUGCAUUGUUGGGCAGGGAAAUUCCACGGUGCUGUGCUCUUUCCCAUCGCCUCCUAUGUCAACAUGUUUCUGGAGAGGUAAACCUGAGUCACGUGUCUAAGGUGGUGAUGCCAGUUUUCUUCACUGCAAAGUUACUAUUUUUCCCUUUGUUAUUGAUAAACAUCUAUUUUGGGAGAGGUACUUUGAGACUAUGCAAAUAUCCUGCUUCUCCUUAAGCGUUCACCAGCUAAUUUUGCCACAUCUGGGGACCCUGCCUGCCGAAAGGAUUGCAGUAGUGUUUCAGUCGUGAUUUGCCAGGUCUCUCCUUCCUUCCACAUGUAUUCAUUGAAAUUCUGGAAGGAAGAGUUGUCAGCCAGGCUGUAGUGAGCUGAGAUCAUGUCACACUGCCCUCCAGCCUGGGCGACAGAGUGAGACCGUGCCUCAAAGGAAAAAAAAAUAGUUGUCCCUUCACCCCAUUUAGUCACUCAUUCAGUUACUUAUUUAUAUGAAUACAGGCUAGAGACUACUUAUGCUUAUUUAUUUUCAUUAUUUGGGUUUGCGAUUUUAAAGUCAAAAUCUCAACCAUGAAAAUGGAGAGAAAUUCUGCAUAUUAUCACUACCUAAGCUAGGACUACAGAAACUCACUUUACAGACAGAAGUCAAAGGAUCUCUGGAGGACACAGCUUCACUGGGAGGGCUAGAGAAACAGCUGGAAGGGGCAGAUUCCCAAGCGCUCCUAGAGCCAGGAAGCCCACAGGCAGUGUCCCUGGGUGGGAUGGCCUCAGAGGGCCUCUGCUGGUGGGGACAGGAUUUAAAUCUCAACAUAGUGUCUGCCCCUUCACUGAGGAGGGCGAGGACUGAUGCCAUCCACGUCAGCCUCUUUGCAUGGGGAAGAGAGGAAGUAGAUGCUAGGUAGCCAGAAACCCACCUUUCAGUCCCUGGGAAAUCACCUCUUCCCCUUGUCCUGUCCCCAAGAACAAUGGUUGAAGCUAUGGUCUGUGCCUCCUCCUGCCCACCCUUCCCUCAGCAGACCAGAGGCAGUAUCAGUGGAUUGCUGUACUCCACAACGUUCCCACCUGUAAUCCUGAUACAGGGCAGGUGAGUCCCGAAGUGGAGCUUCACCCAGGAGGGUUCUUGGCUUUGCCCAGUAAAGAAGUCAAGGGCAAUCGGAGGUACAAGAAAACAGCUUUAUUGAAGAGGCAGGGUUACAGCUCCGUGACUGCUCCAUGUCUGCAGAGCAGGGCUACUCCACAGGCAGAGAGGAGCAGCUCAGAGCCAUUUUGCAGUCAUAUUUAUACCCACUUUUAACUGCAUGCAGAUGAAGGGGCAGUUUAUGCAGAAAUUUCUAGGAAAGGGUAGUAAUUAUUGAGUUACUGCCAUGGAAAGGGGCAGUAACGCCCUGAUAUUGCCAUGGCAACGGUAAACUGACAUGGCAUCUGGUGGGCCUAUCUGAUGGAAAGCUACUUUGGCCCUGCUUUAGCUAGUACUCAACCUGGUCUGGUGUCUGAGCCCCACUCCUACCUCAAUCCCACUCAACACAAGCUUGAUAUCGUCUCCCACACACCACCAGCUUUAUGGAAAACGAAAAAUACCUCAUGAUAUGAUAUGGAGAGCACAAAGGGCAGCGCGGCAGGGACAGGUUGCCUGAGUCAGCAUUCUGGUCCCCAGUGGCCUUGAUCCCACCUCGUCAUGUCUCUAGGGGAGGAGUCACCUUUUCCUCUUGAAGUGGGGGUAUCCUGGUCUCCAUAAUCUCAAGUCUUUUGAGAUGCCGAAAGUCUGAAACCCCCACCCCCGUGGGCAGUUCGGUAGUCAUUUUACAUUGCAUUAAUAACACUUCUUAAGGCGGGGAGGCUACGCUGAGCAGAAUGCACGCUGAUCAUGAGCGGGUGGACCUAUUUCAAGCGUGCCAGAGGCAGAGCCAUCAUCAGGGGUCAAGUCAAACGAGAAGCCGAAAGAGCCGGGCCUGGCUAGCCCGCUAAACAAAAUCAGACAGAUUUCACAAAAUCACAGUUUCCUAAUGUCAGAAGACACCUUAGAGUUGUUUCUCACAAACCUAAGGGGCCUGCAAGUCACUUGGGGAUCUCGUUAAAAUGCAGAUUCCCCGGUUCAGCAGGUGUGGGUGGGCUGCUUUGUCCAGGACCACACCUUGAGUCCAACCUUCACAGCACACUGGAAUCGCUUUAAGAGCUUUAAAAAAAAAAAAAAAUACAUUUGAGGUUCCCCCAGCCCAGAGAUUCUAUCAUUUGGUCCGGGGUCAGCCUGGCAGCCUGGCAGCCUGGGCGUUUGGAGGUUAAAAAGCUCCCAGGUGACUGUAAUAUGAAGCAAAGUUUGAGAACCAGCGCCCUGGACCUGCGCUUCUCAAGCUACUGCGCGGACCAGCAUCCCGCAGGAGCCACCCGGGCCCAGCCCCCGGAGAUGCUGACUCAGCAGGUCGGGAGGGUUGGGGUGGGGCUGCCAAUUUGCAUUUCCAACUGGCGCCCAGGUGUCGCUAACUUUGCUGGUCCGUGGUCUUGGAGGUCACCUGAUUUUUCAGCGAUGCCUUCCAGCUGGGAGGCCAAGAAGGGCCUUGCUCAAGGUCUCCCCACACUGGACCUCCAGACUCUCAGUCCUGGGCCAGCUCCCCAGCAAACCUUUCCAUCUGUCUCUCCUGCGCCCUGCGUUCCUUCCCCACGUCACUUGCUAGGGAGCCGCUAAACAGCAAGAGAGCGCGCUCUGCCGCUUCGGAGUGCGGAUUUCGGUCGCGAGCGGCUCUGGUCGGGUCUCCCCCUCCCUGGCGGUCCCUGAGUUCUCCCAACCCUGGGCGUGCACGGCCCGCCCCCCGCGCUGCCCCUCCUCGGCCGGGGAUUGGUGCGCCGGGCGGGGCGGUGGGGGAUAAAGGCGCGGGGACCCGCCAAGCUGGGUCUGCAGGUUAUCUUAGCGCGCGAUGGUGUCUCAGUCUCCGCUGGGCGCGCAGGAAGGUAUUUGAAAAGAAAAUGCCAUUCAUGAGGAUGCUGAGGCGAGGAUGCUGUUGGACGUCUGUCCUGCCAGUCCGAUUUCUGGGCAUCUCCCCUCGGCAGAUUCCAGCAGAUGCUAACUUCCACUCUGCCUCUUUCUCUGACACAGACCAUCCACGAGUCUUAAUUACAGGGGGUCUUGGCCAGCUGGGAGUGGGGCUUGCUAAUCUUUUGAGGAAACGAUUCGGGAAGGACAGUGUGAUUUUGUCUGACAUAAAGAAACCACCCGAUCAUGUCUUUCACAGUGGUCCGUUCAUUUAUUCUGAUAUCUUGGAUUACAAGAGUCUUCGGGAGAUCGUGGUGAACAAGCGCAUCACCUGGCUGUUUCAUUACAGCGCUUUGCUCAGCGCCGUUGGAGAAGCAAACGUUUCCCUGGCGAGAGCAGUGAAUAUAACUGGCCUGCAUAACAUCCUGGACGUCGCUGCGGAACACAGUCUGCGAUUGUUUGUACCUAGCACGAUCGGAGCUUUUGGACCCACCUCUCCCCGGAACCCAGCCCCCGAUCUCUGUAUUCAGAGACCCAGGACCAUCUAUGGGGUGUCCAAGGUCCACGCGGAGCUCAUGGGAGAAUAUUACCAUUACCGGUAUGGGUUAGAUUUCCGGUGCCUGAGAUAUCCUGGAAUCAUUUCAGCUGACUCCCAGCCUGGAGGAGGAACAACUGACUAUGCAGUCCAGAUUUUUCAUGAUGCCACAAAGCAUGGCAAAUUCGAGUGCAACCUGGAAGCCCACACGAGGCUGCCGAUGAUGUAUAUUGAUGACUGUCUCAGGGCCACCCUGGAGGUCAUGGAGGCCCCCGCCGAGUCCCUCUCCAUGAGGACCUACAACGUCGGUGCCAUGAGUUUCACGCCCGAGGAGCUGGCCCAGGAGGUCCUCAAGCACGUGCCAGAGUUCCAGAUCACGUACAACGUGGACGCCAUCCGGCAGGCCAUCGGUUGGUACCCGGCCUUUACUCGGAUAGUUGGCCGAUGAACUUCGAUGACAGCAAUGCUCGGAAGGACUGGGGAUGGAAACAUGACUUUGACCUUCCCGAGUUGGUGACCACCAUGUUGAACCUCCACGGAUCUGAAGCCAGAGUUGCCCAAGCCAGCUGAAGGAAUUUGAAAGAGGAGAUCCUGCAUGUCCGGGUCCACUGUCGAAGGAGAACUGUCACCACCCCAUGGUUCUAGGUUCCGAAAAGCCUACAUUAUUUGGAACUGACUAAUUGGACUAAAUUUUGGCAGUUCAUAUUGAACCGCUAGACAAAGAAUGGAGUUAAUUUCAAGCAUUUUCAGAACGUUGUAGGUACGGUGGUGGGGACGUCUCAGUUUUCGAUGUUUGCCCGAACUUGUCUAAACACAUUCCACGGGAUAAGACUUAAGUCAUCGUUAGUUUCCAUUUCCUUAAUUAAGAUGAAGUGACCAUUUCUGGGAAGGUGGAAGUAUGUGACAUUUGUAUUUAAUUAAAUUCAAUUUAAAUAUUC